AUGGUUUCUGCGCAGGGAUGUGGUCUGGUCAAUGCGAAGUUGGACGAAUUCUUCUGGGAAUGGCUUAUGCAGCCGGAGUCUAUGCAGCUCAUACGGCAGAUCAUCCACAAUGCCGAGGAUCCCACCGCCGAGGUGCCUCAGGUGAGCUCCAGUCCUCAUCAGCUUCACCUUCGCGGAUCCCCUGCAGGAGGAAGGCCGUCGCCUCCUGGAUCCCCACAUCGAACAAAUGUCGGCUUCAGCAGAGAAGGCGAUGCAGAGCCGACGAACAUCCAGCCGUCCUCACCAGGGCACAGUCCUCCGGUUAGUCCUGUGCCAGCACCUCCGCCGCCCAAGGAGACGGAGUUGCUGUCGCCUCCGCCGGAGCAUCCGAUUAGCCCCGGUAGUGGGCCGACAGGUGUGAAGAAUUCGAUGAUUGCAACAAAUGCCAAGACCAUCCCUCGUUUCUGGUGGCCAAAGCGCGAUCAAAUAUCCGAGCUUGGCCAGGAGUACAAAGACCAGAUUCACGAAAUCUUCGUGAAGCAGGGUAUCACUGAUGGGAUAAAGAAUUGGGAGCAAUGCGAGCAGAUUGUGACGGAUGUCUUCAAACUGUCCAAGUACUUCGCCGCCCCUAUUUUCCACAAGAUGAAGGCCUUCUAUGACAUCGUUGACCGCAGCGCAAUUUCCAAGCGCGAUGCCAUGAUGGUGCCAACGCCGGUACCAAUCACUGAGAUGAUGGUGGUUGGUUGGGCAAACCGAAAGAUCCAGCCUGACGAUCCGACCCUGAGCUUCUUCUCAGUGGUCAAGAAGGACCACAAUGACUGGAUCGAGAAGGAGGAUUUCGACAUCUUCUUGCACGCUAUCUUGAUGACCCAUCCAGGGUUGGACUUCCUGCUGGACACGCAGGAGUUCCAGGAUAGAUAUGCUGACACGGUCACCAGCCGAAUCUUCUACAUUUACGACAGGAAGGGGACAGGCCGAAUCUACCUGCAGAAUCUGCGGCGAUAUCAGCCGUCCAUCGUGGAAACGUGGAAGCAGCUUGAGGACUAUGAUGACAUGAAGAUGAUACGAGACUACUUCAGCUAUGAGCACUUCUAUGUGAUCUAUUGCACGUUCUGGGAGCUGGACUCGGACCACGAUUUCCUGCUAGACAAGGACGACCUGCUGAAGUAUGACGGGCACGCGCUGUCUAGACGGACAGUCGACCGAAUCUUCAGCGAGGUGACGUGGCGGUUCACAUCAGCCGUUCCAGGCAAGAUGGGCUAUGAGGAUUUCAUCCAUUUCCUCUUGAAUGACCAAGAUCAGAUAACUGACAGAUCGAUUGAAUUCUGGUUUAGCAUCUUCGACUUGGAUGCAGAUGGUGUGGUUCGAGACUACGAGCUGAAGUUCUUCUACGAGGAGCAGGUGCAGCGCAUGGAGUGCCUGAACUACGAAACCAUCGCGUUUUGUGAUGUUCUGUGCCAACUGCAUGACAUGAUUUCUCCUAGAGUGGCUGGGGAGUUCCGGCUCGCGGACUUCAAGCGCAAACGCAAAUUCGCCGGCUCCUUCUUCUCGAUUUUUACGUCAUUAAACAAGUUUAUGGCCUUCGAGAACAGGGAUCCGUUCCAAGCCAAGCAGGAGCAGAUGGAGAAUCCGAACUCCACAAGCUGGCACCGAUGGUGUGCAGAUCAGUACCUUAGGCUCGCAAUGGAGGAGGGUGAAGACAUGGACGAAGGCCUGCCAGCGAUUGCACGGGUGCAGCCGUGGAGCACCUCAAUCUCGGGCAUCUAG